AUGAAUGCUGAGCCUAAGAAUUCAGAAACUGGUUUGAUUCAAAAAACCCAGAAAAACCCAGAAAAUUCUGCACAAUCUGGCACCAAGAAGAUCAAGAGAAUCCGAGAUAGUGCCAAGAAUGGUAAACAUCCUGUCUACCGGGGUGUUCGAAUGCGAAACUGGGGAAAAUGGGUAUCUGAAAUUCGAGAGCCACGCAAGAAAUCGCGUAUAUGGCUUGGAACUUUUCCUACACCAGAAAUGGCUGCUCGUGCUCAUGAUGUAGCUGCUUUGAGCAUUAAAGGCAGCUCUGCCAUACUGAAUUUUCCGGAACUUGCCGCCGCCUUUCCACGGCCAGUUUCGCUUAGUCCACGAGAUGUUCAGGAGGCGGCAGCUAAAGCAGCUGCAAUGGAGAAGCUUGAUUUGAUAAAAUCGUCAUCAUCGUCUUUUUCAAGAACUUUAUCUUCUUCAUCAUCAUUGUCGUCUCUUGUUUCUGCUAUAGAUCUUUCAACAACUUCAGAAGAAUUGAGUGAGAUUGUUAAAUUGCCUAGUCUGGGAUCGUCUUUCGACUCUCUGGAACUGAGGAAAGAUUUUGUUUGUGCUGAGAACGGCUGGUUUGACUCCGAUCCUCCUCCACCGCAGUGGCUGAGCGGCGGCAAUGAUGGUAGUGGUGGUAGUGCUGCUGCUGUUGCUGAUGAAGAUUCGAGCUGCUUUGAAUCUUUGUUGUGGAAUUAUUAG